AUGGACGGUGCCGAUGUGUGGCGCGUGGCCGCCUCCGACGCUCCCUCUCGCGACAACAAAAUAUUCAACACGAUAAUGCUCCGCUUCCGACCGAUCGCGCCCAAACCGGUCGCCGGAGCCUCCUCCGCCGCCCUAGGCGCCGACGAGGCAGGGCGGAGCAGCCACGUUUCGGUCCUCGGGAAGAGACCGAAGAGGAAGUACGUUAGGAUUCGGAGAAACAGUGGAUACGUGCGAAGAAAUGGUAAGAGUAACGGAAAUGAUAACGAUAACGAUAAAUCUUCGGCGGAAGGUGAAGGUGACGUGGCGGUUGUUACGUUGCAGUUGAUGCCGGAGAAGGAGGCGCCGGAGGAGGACUCUCUCGCCGGAGAUUCGUGGUGUAAGAACGUCGAUCUUGACCUAACCGUGGAGAAGAUUCAGAUCGUGGAGAAGGCGAAUCCGAAGGCGAAGGCGAAGACGAGGCCGCCGCAGGCGGCGGAGGAGGGAGAGGGUUCAGAUCAGGUGACGGCGGCGAAGGUGGCGGAGUCGUGGGUGACGGUGGAGAGCGUGACAGGCACGUGCAUGGGGGAGGGAGGGGGAGGGUUAGGGUGUACGGAUGCGGAGAGGGUGAAGGUUCUAGAAGCGGACACGUGUCCGGGGUUUGUGUGCGACGAAAGUUUCAGGGUGCGGUGGGUGAAUGACGCGUACAAGAGGAUGGUGGCGAGCGAGGAUAUCGUGGUGUGGUUGACGCUGAAGGAUAGUGCCAGCGCUGCGUGGCUGCGCUAUUCUCACCCCGCGUUCACCUGCGGAGUGAGACUGCAGUACACGUGGCGCAACGAGAAGUGCACCAAGAUGGUUCCGUGCGACGUUUGGAGAUUGGACUGUGGCGGGUUUGCAUGGAGGCUAGACGUGAAAGCUGCGCUCAGUUUGGGUCUCUGA